AUGAUCACUUUAAUACUGACUAUACUUGAUCGUCUUAUUCUUAUCGCUGGAAAACAUUUCAAUGAAGGCACCAUUCGAUGGGAACCGAUAAAUCCCUUUAUCAAUUUCUCUACAGUUUCAAUUACAACCACACAGAGGUAUUCAUGGGCGUAUCUUACUAUAAGCUGUGCAACAGAUGUACCGAUUUCAACUACUGGCCGAAGCAAUGCAAAUACUAAUUUGACAUGCACAGCUGAUUGUUCCACUGAUAGAGGCUAUUCAAUUAAACCAGUUAAUAUUUUAACCGACUGUAUAUCAGCUAGUUCGUCAUUAGGUAUGAUGACAAGUGAACGAUCAGUGAAUAUUACAUUGUCAACUAAUGCACAUGUUUACUUAUCAUAUAUGAGAAGUGCUUGGGUAGGACUGAAUUAUCCACCCCAAAGUGGUCUUCAAUGGUCAAUGACAACUUUCAUUGAUCUUCGAUUUCGAGAUGAUUGUUUCAUUAAUACUCCACCAGUAGCAAGCGUUGUUUCUCCACAAUAUGCUAUUGUGAAUACAUCUACUCAGAUUCGAAUCCCCGCUUCCGAUCCCAAUGCAGCAGAUGAUGUACUUUGUCGAUGGUCAAUAUACACGCCAGGAGUUAAUCGACGAAGACGAUCAAUUGUAGACAAAUAUGGACAUACGGAAGUUCUUAUUGGUAUUCCGAAGAGCUUUAGUAUCUAUGCGAUGACGAUAUGUGAUCCAAACGAUGUUGAUAUUGCAGAAUUCGUCUUCACAAGUGGAAUAUAUGCUAUGGUAGUUGGAAAUCUGAUGAAAUCAGCGUCAAAUUCAUCAUUAUCCUAUGUAAAUUUCACCUGGGCACCACAAACUAAUCAAAUUGGAUUACAAGAAUUGUGCAUGAUUGUCUUUGCUGAGUAA